CUCAGCUUCACUUCCCACACGGUGACAUUUUAUUUUCUCAAAAGGAAAUAAAGCGCUGACUCCUUGUUUGAUCGCUGCCUUGAGGCCUGACGACUUAGUCCCACUCAAGGAUGGACAGAGGGGGCGCUAUGGAGGCGGACCCCUUUCACAACGCCAAAGAGGACGAGCAUAUGGACGCUCAAACCUUCAAAGCGGGCAAGAUGAAGAUGAUCCAGCCAGACUCCUUGAAGGACCCCAAACUGGACAAGCUGAAGGAGGUUCUGUUGGGUUGGAUCAAUGAGAGUCUGAAGGCAGAGCACAUCGUGGUCCAGAGUGUGGAGGAGGAUCUCUACGACGGCCUGGUCCUUCAUCACCUGCUGGCCAGGUUUGCCGGCGUCCACUUGACCUUGGAGGAGAUGGCUCUGACCGCCUCGGCUCAGAUCCGCAAACUGGAAGCGGUCCUGGAGGAGCUGGAGAAGAGACUGGAGCAGCAGGACACCAAGUGGGACGUCAGCCUCAUCCACAAAAAAGACCUCCUGGCUACUCUUCACCUGCUGGUUGCCAUGGUGACACGCUUCCAGCCUGAAGUGGAGCUGCCUUCGAACGUGAAAGUGCAAGUGGUGGUGCUGGAAGUGAGCAGGACUGGAAUCCAAUCCGACGUUCAAACGGAGGUCCUGACGGAGGACAGUUCUUCUCCUCUCUUCCCCAGGAGAGACAACGCACAGGAAGUCAGCGACACAACAGAUGAUCCCAUGGAGCAGCUGAUGGAUAUGGAGGUGAAGCAGACCAUGCUUAACUUUGUAAACAAGACCAUGGCCGGCGUUGGACUGCAGGUGUCGGACUUGGACCAGCAGUUCUCUGAUGGUGUCAUUCUGCUGCUGCUCAUUGGACAGCUGGAAGGUUUCUUCAUUCCUCUUUCGGACUUCAGGCUCACCCCCGACAGUCAUGAACAUAUGCUCCACAAUGUCAGCCUGGCCCUGAGCCUCCUGGCUGACUUGGGCCUGCAGGUGUCGGCUGUUCAAGCCCAAGAUGUGGUUUCUCAGGACGUGGCUGGCACCUUGAAGGUCCUCUACGCGCUCUUUAGGAAGCAUGGAGGAUGAUGCAAACAGGAAGUGGAAGGCAGAGCAUCACGUGACCACAGCUGUCACUCAUAGUGUUACAGUCCUUCCACCCCACUCCUUCAGGGGGCAGUGAUGGGCAUGUAGUGUAACAUAACAGCCAUUUAGUGGUCAAUUGUACGGAAUAUGUUCUAUAAUGUGCAAUCUACUAAUACAAGUCUCAAUCAAUCACGUUAACAUAUUUAAUACAUAAACAAUUUAAAGAUA